AUGAGCAGCAAGGACCGCAUAGCAACGCUGCGCAAGCGUGUUGCAACGGACCCCUAUGAUGCGGAGGCCUGGGAGAAGCUUGUCUCAGAGGCCGACCGCGCUCGGCGCGGCUCUGAACGCAACGCGGCGCUGACAGCGGUGUACGAGGACCUGCUGAAUGUGUUCCCAACGGCGGCGGGGUACUGGCGGGAGUAUGCAGACCACCAGAUGAGCUGCAGCGACGAGAGCGUGGUGAAGGGCGUCUUCUCCCGCUGCCUGCUCACCUGCCUGUCUGUGGACCUCUGGCGCUCCUAUCUCAACUUCAUCAAGCGGCUCAACGAGCCGCGCGGCGCAGAGGGCCUGCCCGAGAUCCGCCAGGCGUACGAGUUCACCCUGGACCGGCUGGGGCAGGACAGCGCGUGCGGCGGCAUCUGGAUUGAUUACAUCGCCUUCCUGCAGGCGAGGCUUGGGGGGGGUGGCUGUGGGGCGCCCAAGCAGGGCAGCCCCGAGUAUGCGGCUGUGUACGGCCAGGCGCUGGAGGGGCAGGAUGAGUCUCAGAAGGUGGCGGCGGUGCGGCGCGCCUACCAGCGCGCCCUGCUGGUGCCCACCUCGCAGCUGGAGGGGCUGUGGCGCGGGUACGAGGGCUUCGAGGUGACGGGCAGCAACAAGCAGCUGGCGCGCAGGCUGCUGGACGAGUGGCGCCCGCUGUACCAAGCAGCCCGCGGCCUGCUGCGGGAGCGCGAGGCACGGCUGGGCGCCAUCAACCUCAAGGCGCUGGCGCUGCCGCCCGGCCGCGGCGGCGCCACGCAGCAGCAGCAGGCGGCGCUGUGGCGGGAGUACCUGGGGUGGGAGCGCGGCAACCCGCAGCGACUGGACCCGGCUACCCACGCCGCCAGGGUGUCGCUGGCAUUUGAGCAGGCGCUCAUGGUGCUCUUCCACUACCCCGACAUCUGGCUGGAGUUUGCGGGGUGGCACCAGCAGCAGGGCGGCGGCGGCGGCGGCGCAGCGGCGGCGGCGGUGCUGGAGAAGGGUCGCGGCGCGCUGCCCACCGCGCUGGCCCUGCACUUUGCGGCCGCAGACCUGCAGGAGUCUCUGGGCAAUGCUGCGGGCGCCAAAGCGAUUUAUGAGGAGCUUGUGGAGGGGCUGAGGCCUGCAGAGGAGGCAGCCGCGGGGGGCGCAGCCCCGGCAGCAGCAGCCGCGUCGCCGGCAGCGCCUGCCUCGACGGCGCCAGCAGCGUCCCCCGCAGCCCCGCCAGCAGCCUUGCCGGCGGCCCCGCCGGCAGCAGCCCCGCCAGCGUCACCGGCCGCAGCGGCGGCUGGAGCGGGCGGCGAGGGUGCGCAGCAGGCGGGCGAGCCUGCGGCGACAGGUGCAGAACAGCAGCAGCAGCAGCAGCAGGACGGUGGCGGCGCGGGGGAGGCUCAGUUGAAAGCAGGGCCGGAGGAGGCCGCAGCAGCAGACGGCGCGGCGCAGGGCGGCGAGGCGCCGCCGCCGCCGCCGCCGCCGGCUGCACCGCAGCAGCAGGCAGAGGUGAAGGCGGAGCCGGGCACGAAGGCGGAGGUGAAGGCAGAGCCGGACCAGCAGGCUGCAGAGGCUGCCGCGGCGGCGCCGGCGCCGGCGCCACCUGGCGUCCAGCUGGCGCCUGAGCAGGGCACGCUGGCCUGGGUGCAAUACAUGCGCUUCGCCAAACGCACCGGCGGCAUCAUGGCGGCGCGCAAGGUGGGCUGGCGCUGGCUGGGCGACAUUCCCAACACCCGCGCCCUGUUUGAGCGCGCGCUGACGGCGGCGGCCCCCCAGGCGGCGGCCCAGCUGUGGGACGCCUACGUGGCGUUUGAGUACGAUGUGGGCAGCCUGGCCGCAGCGGCGGCGGUGGAGGCGCGGCGUGCCGCGGCGGCAGAGGCGGCGCGCGAGGCGGCGGCCGCCGCGGCCGCCGGCGCCGCGCUGGACGGCAAGGCGGCGGCGGCGGCGGCGCAGGCGGCGGCGCAGGCCCAGCAGGCGCCCCAGCACGAGGCGCUGCACCUGGCACUGCUGAAGUACCGCGUGCAGGACCUGUGGCCGGCCUCGGAGGGGCAGCGCGCGUACAUGGAGCGCCUGCUGGGGCAGGCGCCCGCCCCCGAGAGCGGCGAGGCGCGGGCUCGGGAGCCGGACAGCGGCAGCCGGCGGGACCGCGGCGAGCGGGAGCGGGGCAGCGAGCGCGGCGAGCCGCGGCGGGGCGGCGACGGCGAGCGGUCGCGGUGCCGCCGCGGCGGCGAGCGCGGCGGCCACGCGCCGCGCUCCCCGCCGCGGGAUGCCGAGCCGCUGCGGCUGAGCCGGGAGCUGGCGCAGCUGAUGAGCCAGCUGCCGCCGCCGCACGCACUGGAGGGGCCCAUCCCGGAUGUGGAGCGCCUGGUGCAGGUCAUCCUGGGCGCUGACCUGUCGCCAGAUGGCAUCAUCGCCCACGAGGUGGCCGCAGCGCGCGAGCGCCGCCGCCAGCGACGCCUCGCGGAGCAAGGUGGCGGCAGCCCGGUGGGGCUGGGCCCUGCCGGCGGCGGCUACGCCGGCCCGCCCGGCGCCUCGGGCGUGGGCCAGAAGCGCAAGGCGCUGCAGGAGUUUGACAGCGGCAGCGAGAGCGAGGAGGAGGAGCGGGGGCACAACGGCGGCGGCGGCGGCGCGGCGCCCGGCGGCGCGACAGACGGCGGCGCGCCCGCUGCCGGCGGCCUGGACGUGUAUCGCAUGCGCCGCAAGCAGCAGCGCGGCCCCUGA